AUGGAUUCUCCGACCAAUUCACAGAAAACGGUUUCGGACGACGAAGAGAUCGAUUACUCCAUCAAACCAGAGUUAUAUGAUUCGGAUCUCGACGACAAAGAUGAGCAAUGGAUGGCUAAGAAAAGAGAUGGCCGUACUUCUGAUGCUGUGCUUAGCUGUCCAGCUUGUUUCACCACUGUCUGCUACGAGUGUCAAAGGCAUGAACAGUACGUGACACAGUACAGGGCAGUCUUUGUUGUCAAUUGCGAAGUAGACAAAGACAGAGUUUUCCAACCCAAUGCAAUACCAUCAAAAGUUGGUAAAAGAACGAGAGAUUCCGAGAAGCAAGAAACUGGCUCCGCAGACAACGAAAGACUGAACCCGGUCUUUUGCGCAACUUGUUCGACAGAGAUCGGGGUAGUUGACAUCGAAGAGAUCUACCAUUUCUUUAAUGUAAUUCCAAGCGAGCCGUAG